GAUAUGAAGCAAGGAACGAUAAUAAUCUCCGAACUUUAAGAGGGUAAAAAAAAAAAACCCCAGAGGAAUAGAGAACAAUCCCAAGAUUAUUUUUUUCCAUUCAAACACGCCUUUCUCUGUCUCUAGGGUUUAUUAUUCCUUUACUAUUUUAUUUGUAUCUACUAUAAUUAUCCUAAAAAAAUCCCCCCCUAGUUUCUCUCACUUUCCAGGGUAACAAACAGACCUUUUGUAAUCCUUCUAACAAAGCUAUUAACAAAAUGAUAUCUGUUAUGAAAACCGAUGCUGAAUUCGAUAAGAGAUCGGAUAAAAUCGAAGACAAAGCUAGGGUUUCUAUCAAUGAAGCUAUUGAUAGGUCAAGUGAAGAGAAUAGAUUGAGCUUAGGAGUCUCUAAUGAAGAUGCUAGGGUUCCUUCAAUGGAACUCGAUUCGAAAGAUGUUAGAGUUUCAUUGAAUGAGAGAUCUGAGGAGGUUAGGGAGAGUGAUGCUGAUAGUGUAGAUAAAGGAAUAGGCGGCAAAUCUAGGGUUUUUGAUAUAAAUGAUCGAGUUGAUGAACAAAAUGAUAUGGUAAAUGCUGAUGAGAAUGAUAGAAUAGAGAAUGCGGAGGAUUUGGAGAAGGAUACUGGUUCUGACUAUAAGUCGUUGUUAUCUGAGUUUGAUGAUUAUGUAGCCAAUGAUAGAAUUGGUGGAGGGACGUCAAGGGCAUUGAGUUAUGGGUUUGAAGUGGGUGAUAUGGUUUGGGGAAAGGUGAAAUCUCAUCCUUGGUGGCCUGGCCAUAUAUUUAAUGAAGCAUUAGCAUCUCCUUCUGUACGUCGCACAAGGAGGGAGGGUCAUGUGUUGGUUGCUUUCUUUGGGGACAGCAGUUAUGGAUGGUUUGACCCGGCUGAGCUUGUCCCUUUUGAUCUUUAUUUUAUGGAGAAAUCGCAGCAGACAAAUUCAAGGACUUUUGUCAAGGCUGUCGAAGAGGCAAUGGAUGAGGCUAGUCGGAGGUGUGGUCUGGGUUUGGCUUGUAAAUGUCGGAACCCAUAUAAUUUUCGGCCCACAAAUGUCCAAGGGUAUUUUGCAGUUGAUGUGCCUGAUUAUGAACCAAAUGGGGUUUAUUCAGUUAAUCAGAUUAGGAAUGCUAGAAAUAGUUUUAAGCCUAGUGAGACCCUUUCAUUUGUGAAGCAAUUGGCAUCAGCCCCUGGAGCUUGUGAUCUGCAAGGCAUUGAGUUUUUUAAGAAUAAGGCUACUGUUUUUUCUUUUCGGAAGGCUGCAUUUGAGGAGUUUGAUGAGACAUAUGCACAGGCAUUUGGGGUGCAGCCUGCACGACCUUCUAAUGCUCCAGGUGACAUAUCCAAUCAGCCUGUUAAGCAGGCACCUCGAGCUCCUUUGAGUGGACCACUCGUGAUUGCAGAAGCCUUGGGAGGUGGAAAGGGUUCUAAGAAGCCCGUGAAAGUAAAGGACCCUUCAAAGAAAGACAGAUACCUAUUCAAGCGAAGAGAUGAAGCAAGUGACUUGCAAGCCCCCCUUCAAAUUAACCAAGCGCAAGCUAGUUCAUCAAUGGAAUCGACUUACAGAGAGGGAUCACCAACAUUUGUAGCUGGAGAUUAUGUGUUGCAGAAGAGGGAUCCUGUGUCCCAGAUUCCAGUAAAUGAAGAACAGACUGUCAUUAUGAGCAGGGAUAGUGCAAGUUCAAGGGGAGAUUUAUCUGGCAAUGAAGUUGUAUCUGUAAACCAGACUCCAUCCCACAAUGGAAAGCCGUCUUUGAAUAAAAUUGGCGGUGCAUCAGCAUCUUUUCAGUGGAAAGAUGGUGCUUUAUUUGACCUUAAACCUGAGGAGGGCGGAAAAUUGUCCAGAUAUGAAGGAGUUCAGAAACCUGAUCUGGGUUCCAUUGCAAAACUUGAAGGAGGCCAGGGAUUAGAUCAAGUUCGAGAUGGUCGCACUGGUGGUCAUCCUUUGCCAGUUGAUGUAAAGCACUCUGGUGGUAUGAGUGCUGAGGGUGGAGUGAAGAAAGUGAAAAAACGCCCCUCAGCAGAUGUAGGUGUGGAGAACUCUGCUUUGGGGGAGAGAAAGAAGAAAAAGAAGAAACAGGUUGGCGCAGAAACAAACUCUGAUAAACCAAAGAAGCACUUUCUCCUUGGAAAAGGUGGGGCCAAAUCUGGCCAGAUUGGUUUGGGUCCUAGAGGAGAGUCUGAGGUGAACCAUCAGAAGAAAGAUGUUGCUCCUACACAUUCCUCAUUCAAUUCUGUUGGGGCUUCCACAACAAUUGGUUUGGGAAAUUCUGGGCUUGAACUUGCACAAUUACUGAGUGAUUUGCAUGCCCUGGCUCUUGAUCCCUUUCAUGGUCUGGAACGGAAUAGCCCAACAAUUAUUCGGCAAAUUUUUUUGCGAUAUCGAUCACUUGUUUAUCAGAAAAGCUUGGUUCUGCCACCACCAUCUGAGAUGGAGCCUAUUGAAGUUCGUGCCACUAAACCUCCUUUGGUUGGAGCCUCUGGCAACUAUCCUAACGAGAAUGUUAGAGACUCGGCUCCUUCAAAACUAAUUAGACCCCUUGCGAGACCUGAUGAUCUGACAAAAGCUGGACGGAAACGUCUCCCAUCUGAUCGUCAAGAAGAAAUUGCUGCUAAGAGGUUGAAAAAAAUUAGUCAGUUGAAAUCAUUAGCUGCAGAGAAGAAGGGCAAUCUAAGGACUGUGGAAGCUCCGAAAGUUGAGGGAAAAGAACAGCCAACUGCAGGGCCCCCAGCAAGACCACUCAAAAAACCAGAUUCUGCGAGGAAAUUGGAGCCUCCACCUAGGGCUGUUGAGCCUACAAUACUGGUUAUGAAGUUCCCUCCUCAGGUGUCACUUCCGUCAGUUGCAGAACUGAAGGCAAGAUUUGGUCGUUUUGGCUCACUAGAUCAGUCAGCUAUCCGUGUGUUUUGGAAGUCUUCAACAUGUCGAGUUGUGUUCAGACACAAGAUUGAUGCACAGGCAGCUUACAGAUAUGCUAAUGCAACUAAUUCCCUAUUUGGCAAUGUGAAUGUGAGAUACCAUCUCCGAAGUGUGGAAGCUCCUACUGCUGAAGCACUAGAUUCUGAUAAGGCACAAGGAGAUGAUACUGCUAGUGAAAGCGGACGAGUUAAGGAUCUUGUAGUUGAAAGAUCAGCAUCGGUGCUUGCUCACCAGCUCCUUCCACAACCAACUAUCCAACUGAAGUCCUGUUUGAAGAAGCCAAUGACUGACGAGGCAGUGCAGGCAACGGGUAGUAAUGGAGGUAGAGGAACAGCGCGUGUAAAAUUCAUGUUGGGUGGGGAGGAAACUAGUAGGGAAGAGCAAUUGAUGGUUGGUAAUAGAAACAACUUCAACAACAAUGCUAGUUUUGCCGAUGGUGGUGCACCUUCUUCUGUUGCAAUGGAAUUUAAUAGUAAGAACUUUCAAAAGGUCAUUCCUCAAUCUUCGUCUCCAUUUCCUAUUUACCCCAUUCCCCAAUUUGGGAAAGACCCAGCUAAUAAUUUGCAUCCUACCGAAGUAGCUCCUAGAAAUUCUCACAAUCUUAGUACUCAAACCAUCCCACCACCAAGCAUAGAUAUUUCACAGCAGAUGCUAAGCCUUCUAACAAGGUGCAACGAUGUUGUAACCAAUGUAACGGGCUUGUUGGGCUACGUGCCUUACCAUCCUCUUUGAUUGAAAAAAAAAGGCCAGCAAAAUUAAUGUUGAUUAAGUCAAAGAUAGAGUUACAUCGAAGAGGAGAUGAUAUCAUUUACCCAAAGCUGCUGCGAUGAAAGCAUGAUUGCUCGUGGGAUUCUGCAGCAAAUAGAGCAGAAAAGCUAUUGGGUCUCGUAUUACUUUUUUAUUUUUUGUGGGCGGGGGGGUUGGUUCGAGGAAGAGCUGUUAAAGAGAGUGCAAUCGACGAAACCCAUGUAGGGGCGAGUUGGAUUCAAAAUUAUGUACUCGGUUAAAAGUGCUGCAAACUUCCGGUUGUGUACUGGUUUCGAUAGUGCAAGGCAGUGUCCUGUCUUCUUUUUAUUGCUUUGUUUUAAUUUCUCGUCCAUUGAUCUGCGCGUGCGUUGUUUUUAUAUGAUGAGUAAUGAAUUAGUAGUAAAUACGUCUUUCAUGGUUUUUAAUUUUGUAGGUGAUUUGAUUCAAACUAGUGGAACAGAGAAAAAGACUAAAGAAAACCGCACAAAAAGCAGCAUGUUGAUGUUGCUUUGUUCUAAUAACUACACUUACGAUACACAUUCUUUUUCGGUAUGUAUAUUGGUUAAACAGAUUCGUUUUGUGGAAGGAAAUAAUCCUUCCAAUUGGCAAUAUCACAGGGAGAGAAAAGGGAGAUAUAGUAUUUCAUUUUUCUUUUUUACCAAGCAAACAUUAGAAUUAGAAAUGAUUGGAUUAUAUUUUUUUAUAGAUGGUGCAUUUCUUAAAAUCAAAUUACUUGGAUGUAGAUGGGAAGAGAUGAACCCAAAGGUAUUCUAGCAUUAGCCACGACCACCCAACAAGUUUAGGCACUGAGGUAUCCAGCUUAUU